GUUGGAUUCAGUCGCGACGGAGCAGCCAGCCGAUGAAGUGUGCCGCCAGAAGUGCAAUAGAAAUUGCAGGAAAAAAUAAAUUAAAUAGACAAUAUUAAACGAGUUAAAUGCAAACGGUGAUUGUGGAAGAACUGGCGAAGAAGUGUUGAGAAUUUCCGUGGGUAUUCUGGUGUGUGCCAAUUCGCGCCGAUUGUGUCCCUGAUCAAUUGAUUUUGUGCUCUGUGUUUGUUGGAGAAAUUCGUGACGAAGAAGGUCUGGUCGUGGGUAUUGGAAAUCAAUGAGAAAGUUUUUUAGUGUGGAGAGUGAAUUUUUAUUUAGUUGUGCUUUUCGAUGAUUCCCCCCUUUGUGGGGUAACGUGGUACAUACAUAAUAAAUUCAAUAUUCAUGCCGCAGGAAGGACUGCGAGAGAAUUGGGAAAAAGUGAUGAAUUAAAAAUUAAUUUAGGAGUCACGAUAUAAGAACUCUUUUUACAAAGACUUUUCUGUGCCCAUUUGGGACGGUCAUGUGAAGAAGAGCAACGAAGAUGUCUCGUUGGAGCAAAAGUGUUAAAUUUCUUUGCUUGCUGCUGUGCGGUGGGUUCACCUUUCUCACAACAACAGCACGUGCCAAACCUACGUUGUCCUUUCAGCUGCCACCAUCCCUCACCAACUUGCCACCCUUCCCGACCAUCUCGCGCUUCGUGGAACGCAGAAUCCAGAAUGAUCAGAUGAAGACCUACACCGGCAUUCGGCAGAAGAACGACUCACUCAUGAUGAUCUACCACCACGAUCUGACGAUCGCCGUCGUGGAAUUGGGACCAGAGAAGAGACUCCUGAGCUGUGAAUUGAUUGAAAUUAAUAAUGACAACGAAGGUGCGAAACUCCUCAAAGAGCUGGCAACGAUAAAUCGUCCACUGGAGAUCGACUUCCGGGAGAUGCUGAAGCUCAUGAUGCAGUGCCAGACGAUUGAUCACAUACGGAAAGUGAAACGGCAGGGUGUAUCCGACACGGAGCAGACGUCGAAGCGUCAGCACGAGACGGGCUACUUCUCGGGGGCAUCACUGAGUCUCCUCAGCGGUAUAAUUCCGGGAACAAAAUGGUGCGGUACCGGAGACAUUGCUACAACGUAUCACGAUCUAGGAAUGGAAGCUCCCAUGGAUAUGUGCUGCCGUACACAUGAUCUGUGCCCAGUGAAAGUACGCGCCUAUCAGAAGCGCUACAAUCUCAACAAUAAUUCCCUCUACACAAAAUCUCACUGCACGUGCGACGAUAUGCUGCUUAGUUGCCUCAAAAGGACCAAUACGUCGGCUUCGCAGCUCAUGGGGACCAUCUACUUCAAUGUAGUCCAAGUGCCAUGUCUGCAGGACACCCAGAGGGGCUAUGAAUUUAGAAAGUCGCGCGAAUUCACGUAGAAUCAGUCACGAUUGCUGUCUCACUGUAAUUUCCAGGUGGGAAGACCCCAAUGUGAUGUUUUUUUGCAGCAAAAGGUGCUCAUUUAAAAUGUAUUUUUAUUAUUAUUUAUUUGCAAAUAAUGCAUUCGUGUGUAUUUUCAUUCAUUUCGUUUUAUUUUUAAAAGUUUUUAUUGGACAAAGAGAUGAGUCGACAAAUAAAAAAAGAGAAGAGAAUCAU